AUGCCAAUAGUAAAACUUCGAUUUACAAGUGACGUGGAUACCACGCGAACUGGAUUUCAAUUUCAAGUCAAUAGUCUCAUAAACGAACCCGGCUACCAAUGCUUCAAUUGCGACUGCUUGGACGGUCUCAUGAAAGUGGGCUAUAUUUGCGAGGAGAUUCUUGAGUGCGAAGACGAAAUUAACCCUGUCUGCGGGACGAAUUCGAUUUGUAAGGACGUUUUUACGAGUUUUGAAUGCUCUUGCGGCGCUGGUUUUAUUCCAGCGACUUGCCAAGGGUACCAGGGCUGCGCAAAUUUUGAAUGUAUCGACGUCGAUGAGUGCGUUCAUGAUCCUUGCGUCGAGAAUGCGAUUUGUGAAAACACCAUCGGAAGCUAUACCUGUGAAUGUAUUGACGGCCUCGUGAUGAUCGAAGACAUCUGCGAAGAAAUUUUCGAAUGCGAAGAAAAAAUCGACCCUGUCUGCGGGAAAAAUUCCAUUUGCAAAGACAUUUUUGCGAGCUUUGAGUGCACUUGCGCCGCUGGUUUUCUCGAGGACACUUGCCAAGGCCAUGAAAACUGUGCGACUUUCACUUGUUUCGACGAUGAUGAGUGUACUGCUGAUCCCUGCGCGGAGAAUAUGCACUGCAACAAUACCCUUGGCAGUUUUGACUGCUUUUGUUUCGAAGGAAUGGAAGAAAUUGGUGGAACUUGUGUCGAUAUUGAUGAGUGUUCUGCAAUUAUCAAUCCAUGCAGAAGCCAUUCUGCCUGCAAGAACACGCACAGGAGCUAUGAAUGUCACUGCAAUGCUGGUUUUUCUGGUGGUUUUGCCGGGGAUCAAGCAAUUGCUUGGACUUCAAAUGCGAUGAUAUCGAUGAAUGCUCUAUUGGAGAUCAUCUGUGCGAUGAGUUCUGCACAAACACUGUUGGGAACUACAGUUGUUCUUGCGAUGUUACCAUGCGUCAAGUGGGGCUGUUUAACUGCGAGGCUGUGA